AGCGGGGGUCGCGUGCUGCUUCCGAAACGAAACCGGCUUGGGCUCCUGGGCAGCCAGCUCAGCCCCGCGGGCAACCGGGGGAACAGACCCGCCCUAGUCUUUCCCCAGCCUCGCCGGGGAGGAGCCGUGGCUCCGGCGGAAAGCAAUGCGCCCUGCGCCGGAGAGGGUCCUGGUUGGGGCCGACGGGGACUCGGUGCAUCCCCACCCGAGCUGGGGCUCAGGCCAAAGGGUGGCCCCGAGGAAAGGAAGGAAAAGGGGUCUGGGAAGCGACGGAGUCUUCGGGUGCAGUGGGUGCCGCCGCGCCGCCUCUGAACCUCUCCAUCCCGAGCGACAUGCCGGGCAUGAUCCGCAAGAACCCUGACCUCGAGUUCGACUCGCUGCAGCCCUGCUUCCUCCCGGACGAGGAUGACUUCUACUUCGGCGGCCCCGAUUCCACGCCACCGGGCGAGGACAUCUGGAAGAAGUUCCAGUUGCUGCCCACGCCGCCGCUGUCGCCCAGCCGCGCGUUCCCGGAGCCCGCGGACUGGGCCACCGAGAUGCUGCUGUGCGAGCCCGGCCUGUGGGGCGACCCGGCCGAGGAGGAGGCGUUCGGCCUGGGGGAACUGAGCCGCCUCACCCCGAACCCUGUCAUCCUGCAGGAUUGCAUGUGGAGCGGCUUCUCGGCGCGGGAGAAGCUGGAGCGCGCGGUGAGCGAGAAGCUGCAGCUCGGCCGCGCGGCCCCGUCCCCUGCGCCCACCGUCCCGGGACCCCCGGGCGCGCGCCCCGGAGGCGCCGCCGACUGCGUGGACCCCGCCGUGGUUUUCCCGUUCCGGGCGACGCCCCGCGAGCCCGCGCUCGCUGCCCCGGCUGGGGUUCCCACACCAGGCGAAGCCCCGGUGGUCGCAGGGCUUCCCGCGGUGGCCGCAGGCCCGGGGGCCGCCUCCCCGAGCUCCUCAGUCCGCGCGGACCCCACGGCGGCGCCGAGCACCUCCGGCGAGGACACACUGAGCGACUCGGAUGACGAGGACGACGAGGAGGAAGAGGAGGAGGAGGAGGAGGAGGAGAUCGACGUAGUCACCGUGGAGAAGCGGCGCUGCCCGCCCAGCAGCCGGGCGGUCACCACCUUCACGAUCACCGUGCGCCCCCGGAGCGCCGCCCCCGGCGCGGGCCGCGCGCCCCCGUGCGAGCUGACCGGCAAGCGCUGCGUCCCCGUCCACCAGCAGCACAACUACGCCGCGCCCUCGCCCUUCGUGGAGAGCGAGGAGCCCCCGCAGAAGAAGCCCAAGGGCGAGCCCGCGCUGCGCCCGCUGCGGAGCGCCGCCCCCGGCAAGCCCAAGAGCGCCAGCCCGCGGAACUCAGACUCGGAGGACAGCGAGCGCCGCCGGAACCACAACAUCCUGGAGCGGCAGCGCCGCAACGACCUGCGAUCCAGCUUCCUGACGCUCAGGGACCACGUGCCCGAGCUGGUGCGCAACGAGAAGGCCGCCAAGGUGGUCAUCCUGAAGAAGGCCACCGAGUACGUGCGCGCCCUGCAGGCCGAGGAGCAGCGGCUGCUGCGGGAGAGGGAGGCGCUGCAGGCCCGGCAGCAGCAGCUGCUGAAGAGGGUGGAGCUCGCCAGGACUUGCUAGGCAUCCCUCCGACGGACAGACGGACUGACGACGCUCACUGCCACGUUUUGCACAUUUGGACUUUUAUUUUAAACAUUGUGUUGACGUUAAGAAUGUUGGUUUACGGUCUCCAAUCAGCCUCCUUUCGAAUUUGGAUCUGGGUGGGGGCAGGACUUGUGGGGUUCUGCAGGAUGUCUAGGAGCCCUCUCCCAGAUGCUAGUGGCUCUGGGGGCUCCUCUGCUGUUCAUCUUCAUGAUGUCCGCGACCGUCGGGAGCCCCGGUCUGGGGCUGUCACCGUGGUUCCUUCCAAGUUUCGUUCCUUAUUUUUACAAUGGUGCUUCAACUCCAGCCGCCAGAUGGACGGACGGACGGACGGACGGACGGCGCGAUCCGAUGCUGUGAUCCAGGCUGGGCGUUGUGCGCCCCGGGAUACUUGUGUAAAUACCGUGGAUGCCGCCUUUGUCCUGGGUAGUGGGGCGGCUCUGGCGGCCAGAGGUUCUCGCUGAGUGCUGUAACGAUACCUCAGUGUUUGAGGGGCAUGUUUUGUAUACGAAGCUGAUCUUACUCCCCCAUCCUGUACUGUAUUCAUCCCUACACGGCCUGUGUACUUUCGUAUGACGCUGAUAUAUAACUAAAUUUGAUACUUAUAUUUUCGUAUGAAAAUGAGUUGUGAAAGUUUUGAGUAGAUAUUACUUUAUCACUUUUUGAAGUAAGAAACUUUUGUAAAGAAAUUUACUAUAUAUAUGCCUUUUUCCUAGCCUGUUGGUUUUUUUCCUGUUAAUGUAUUUGUUCAUGUUUGGUGCAUAGAACUGGGUAAAUUGCAAAGUUCUGUGUUGAACUUCUUCAAAAUGUAUAUAUUUAGUGCUGCAUCUUAUAGCACUUUGAAAUACCUCAUGUUUAUGAAAAUAAAUAGAAAUUAAAUGACACAACUCAAAUGUCUUCCUUAAA